GUUUCCUAUUCAACUUGACGAAAGUGUCUUUUCAGGACUCUCUGAUGGGACUGUGAUGGUACAGCUUUGCUGUACCCCCGUCUCGCCUUCCUUCCUGGAACAGCAAUCGACAAAUUCUGCCACUUGGGCCCGGGCGUAUAAUGAGGUUCCGCUAACUGAUCCAUCAAAACUCCGUUAGGGAACUGUCAACAGAUGCCCAGGAACUCAGUUAAAAAACCGUCAGUAGCUGAUGGUCAAACGGAAGGCAAAACAAACAAACUGGCGAGCCGACAGAUAUUGAACAAUCGCAUAUGACAGAUCGCCCGUCCAUCUGGACCAGGCCCAGGAGGAGGACAAGUGAAAAUUAGGCACACACGCGCUCGCACUCACACUCGCUCACAUCGAAGACAGUUGUCAAACAGUUUUCACUCCUUCAUGCUAAAUUUGCAAGGCAAACAAACGGCUUCGUUGGUCCCGCCGGACUCGGAAUCGCCAGACCCAGUGGCAGUUCAAGGACGACGGAGGUGUCACAACGGCGGGGUGCCGCAAAGGACGGUGGCACAGCAAGUGGCGGACCGGAGGGUGGGAUAUUUAGCUACUCGUUCGGGAUUCGGUAGUCGUUGUCCUUGGCUCCCGCAAUCGACAGAUGCCAGUGGACCGUUCUGGGAAGCCCUCACCUAUUCAUACGAGUGGGUAAUAAUUUUGAAGAACUCAUACGUCCCCGUCCCCAUGUCCUAUUACGAGUUUCGAAGGAGGUUUACGAUCUCAACAAGUUUUAUGUUUGCGCUGCUUGGCGACAAAAUUUACAGCCCUCAGUAAAUCAAGGCUGUGCAGUGUGGCCAACAUGUGCUCUGAUUCAGAAGAAGAAGACGGUCCUUAGAAUUUGGCACACAGUUUACUGCGAUCAUAAAAUCCUGUCAGUAGCGUGGCACAGCCAUUUCCUGGAUUUGAUACAUGUUAAAGGCAUAGUCAUUGAUUUUUGAACCUCGUUUAUGGAACGCUAAUUGAAGGCUUUGUUGACGAAAUAUUAACUGGAAAGUGUCCCAAAGAGUGUGAACUGAAGAUUUAACACGUUUUGUUUUUCUAGCUUCUCGACUUGU